AAUAGAUACAAAUGGGUCCCACAAAUGUCGAUUACAAUGUUUUAAUAUAAAAAAACUAGCAGGGCAUUCACUGCUUUUGAUUCAACCUGUCUCACUUGGGGGAAAAAAAAAGUAGCGUCACAAAAAUGCCGCUGAAGCGGUGCUUGUAAAUUCUUAGUGUUCUCACUCCCCUUCUCUCCCUCCGUUUUACCCUCAAAUCAAUAAUGAAUCCUGAACGCGCAUUACCCAACCAUCGACAAAGCACAUUCUCUAGAUCAAGCCGUCGAUCGACAUUUCUUGGGCGUGGCGUAAAUCAAAAUGGUCCUAUUGUGCCUAAUCCGAACAAUUCAGCAGAAUACAAUCAAGAGCUCAAGGAAGAAUAUGAGAACUUAAAGAUGAUGAAUCGCACCUUUGAAAACGUCUUGGACAAUCUAAGUAAAACAAAAGAUCAGCUUGCCGUGUUUAAUCACACUGUCGACGUUACCAACGGAUUAUUGGACAUUUGGAUGGAUGUCUUGAAAAAUGCUGAAGAGAUUAAAUCUGUAUUAAAGAAUCCAAGCUGGCAUGGAUCCACUACAUCGGUACUGUCUAUUAACCUCCUAGUUCCAUAAGACUUUUUUUACUGAUAGCUUUUAUUUUAUAGGAUAAUGAACUAGAGAAUAA